GUGAGGCUGGUCCAUGAAUUAGAAGUGUAACGUUAGAUGUUUAAGAAGAACCAACAUGAUGAAAUAUCUGAGAAAAUCAUCAUGUUUUCGCAAAUUUCGGAGGUUGGGCUGAAUUGUCAACUUCAACGUCAUAACACUGCCUCCUGGUGGCGGAGUGUUGCGUUACUACCCUGACCGACUACUCUCACCUCAUAUCAUUCACUGUCUUGGUGCUUUACAAGAGAUGUGAAGAAGAUGCAAGCAGUUCACUAAAGCCCAGAUCUAAUGGGACGAGCCUCAAUAAUGAUAAUACAUGCUUUGUACUAUAACAGAAGGGACUUGUAUGUUGAAAAGCGUCAGGUUAUCGCUGAUCUAAAUACCGUCGGCUUCACACACUUUGAAGAUGGCGGCCACACCGACAGCUGAGCUACAGAUCGACCGAACACAUCAGACUGCUGAUGGAUUUGACAAGAAGUGUAUUUUCUGUAAGAUCGUGAACGGGGAGAUGGGAACGGAGCUCCUGCACAAUGACGAGGAUGUGUCCUGUUUCAGAGAUAUACACCCUGGAGCUCCUCAUCAUUAUCUAGUGGUGCCAACCAAACAUGUAGGGAAUUGUAAAUCGCUUGGCAAGGAGCAUGUACCCUUAGUGGAGAAGUUGGUGGAGACCGGGAAAGAGAUACUCCUGAAAAACAAUAUUACCGAUUUAAGUGAUGUUAGGUUUGGGUUUCAUUGGCCUCCGUUCUGCUCUGUCACACACUUGCAUCUCCACGUACUUGCCCCCACCAGUUUGAUGGGCUUCUUUUCCCGCUUCGUCUACAGAUUAAACUCCUAUUGGUUCGUCACGGCGGAUCAGUUACUCCAAAGGCUGAACUCAAUGAGCUAAAUGAAAUGUUUGGAAAACUCCAAUUACAAUUGUGUUUGCCCAGAGUCAUGUUACUCAUAACAAGAGUUCAAUUCAAUCUAUUCACGAUGAUGAAAUGUGACAGACACAUGCCUCAAGGCUAUAAUAUUCAUUAAUGCUGCGUUCGCUGGUUGUUAUAUUGUCACUCUCUGUCAGACAGGAUAAUCAAAUUUGCUGCUGCAUGUGAAUUGUUUUGGCUGCUGAAUAAUAAUGACAUUGAUACGUGUGACAGAAACAUGAAUCUUUUAUGGUGAACACUGAGUUACAUCCAGUUUUUCAAAAAUAAUUACUUUUAAUAACACACGGCAGUGGCCAAGACUUUCUAAAUAUGGACGAAUGCUUCAGCAUGGGAAGCAGUCUCAAUUAUUGACUUUGGUCUUAUAAAGUCAAUACAUGUCUUGUACUGAAAGACUCUCUGGAUAGAAGCAUGCCGGAACUUAAUUUGACACGAGGAUAUGCUGCAGUGUUUUUAAUAAUAUGUAUCUACACUGAAUUAGCACUGAAAUAUGAACGCUCUCAAAUAAAAUGGAAUGUUAACUCUUAAGGUUUAAAACGAUGUAAUGAUAUUGUAAGGCCUAUAUGCCUUGGUUGUUUAUAAAUAUUUGUUGAUUAAGGGUUUUAUUUACAUUCAUGUAAACAUAAAAUAAAAUACUACAUGAUUCCUUU